GCAGCCCGCGAGGGGGAGAGGCCAGGCGGAGAGCGCAACUCGUCCCGGGGGUGGGGCCGGCCGCGGUGGCCGGAGGGGAUUAAGGUGGCCGCGGCGGCGGCGGCAGUAGCAGCAACAGCAGCAGCGCGGCAGCCUCGAACCCGGCCCCGAGCGCAGGGCGGCCGCCGCGGCUCCAGCUCCCCUCCGCUUGCGCCCGCCCAUGGCGGCCGCGGGGCAGCUGUGGCUGCUCUACCUGUCCGCGGGCCUCCUGCCCCGGCUCGGCGCUGCCUUCAACUUGGACACCCGCGAGGAAAAUGUGAUCCGGAAAACCGGGGACCCCGGGAGCCUGUUCGGCUUCUCGCUGGCCAUGCACCGGCAGCUUCAGCCCGAGGACAGGCGGCUGUUGCUCGUAGGGGCCCCGCGGGCCGUGGCCCUUCCACUGCAGAAGGCCAACAGAACAGGAGGCUUGUACAGCUGCGACAUCACCUCCCGGGGUCCUUGCACACGGAUUGAAUUUGAUAACGAUGCUGACCCUUUAUCAGAAAGCAAGGAAGAUCAAUGGAUGGGGGUCACCGUCCAGAGCCAAGGUCCAGGGGGCAAAGUUGUGACAUGUGCUCAUCGAUAUGAAAAAAGGCAACACGUCAACACAAAGCAAGAAUCCCGCGACAUCUUUGGAAGGUGUUACGUCCUGAGUCAGAAUCUCAGGAUCGAGGAUGACAUGGAUGGAGGAGACUGGAGUUUCUGCGACGGCCGAUUGAGAGGCCAUGAAAAAUUUGGUUCUUGCCAGCAAGGAGUCGCAGCCACUUUCACUAAAGACUUCCAUUACAUUGUGUUUGGAGCCCCAGGCACUUACAACUGGAAAGGCAUUGUUCGCGUAGAGCAAAAGAAUCACACUUUUUUUGACAUGAACAUCUUUGAAGAUGGGCCUUAUGAAGUUGGUGGAGAGACUGACCAUGACGAGAGUCUAGUUCCUGUUCCUGCUAACAGUUAUUUAGGCUUUUCUUUGGACUCAGGAAAAGGUAUUGUUUCUAAAGAUGAGCUCACUUUCGUGUCUGGUGCUCCACGAGCCAAUCAUAGUGGAGCUGUGGUUUUGCUGAAAAGAGACAUGAAGUCUGCACAUCUUCUCCCUGAGCACAUUUUCGACGGGGAGGGUCUGGCAUCGUCAUUUGGCUAUGACGUGGCAGUGGCGGACCUUAACAGGGAUGGGUGGCAAGAUAUAGUUAUUGGAGCCCCACAGUAUUUUGAUAGAAAUGGAGAAGUCGGAGGUGCGGUGUACGUUUACAUUAACCAGCAAGGCAGGUGGAAUAACGUCAAGCCAAUUCGUCUCAAUGGAACCAAAGAUUCCAUGUUUGGCAUUGCAGUGAAAAACAUUGGCGACAUUAAUCAAGAUGGCUACCCGGAUAUUGCAGUUGGAGCACCCUAUGAUGAUAUGGGAAAGGUUUUCAUCUAUCAUGGGUCCCGGAAUGGAAUAAAUACCAAGCCAACACAGAUUCUCGAGGGUAAAACACCUUAUUUUGGAUAUUCAAUUGCUGGAGAUAUGGACCUUGAUAGAAAUUUCUACCCCGAUAUUGCUGUGGGUUCCCUCUCCGACUCCGUCACUGUGUUCAGGUCCCGGCCUGUGAUUAAUAUUCAGAAAACCCUGGAUAUAACACCUAACACGAUUGAUCUCCGCCAGAAAACAUUCUGUGGGGCGCCUAGUGGGAUAUGCCUCAAGGUGAAGGCCUGUUUUGAAUAUACUGCCAAACCCACAGAUUAUAAUCCUUCAAUAUCCAUUUUGGGUACGCUUGAGGCAGAAAAGGAGAGAAGAAAAUCUGGGCUGUCCUCAAGAGUUCAGUUUCGAAACCAAGGUUCUGAGCCUAAGUAUAGUCAACAGCUAACUCUGAACAGGCAGAAGCAGAAGGCGUGCAUGGAGGAGACCCUCUGGCUGCAGGAAAAUAUCAGAGAUAAACUGCGCCCCAUUCCUGUAACUGCUUCAGUAGAGAUCCAGGAGCCAACCACACGGAGGAGAGUGAAUUCGCUUCCAGAAAUUCUUCCAAUUCUGAAUUCAAACGAACCCAAGACAGUCCAUAGAGAUGUGCACUUCUUAAAAGAGGGAUGUGGAAACGACAAUAUAUGUAACAGCAACCUUAAACUAGAAUAUAAAUUUUGCACCCGGGAAGGAAAUCAAGACAAAUUUUCUUAUUUACCAAUCCGAAAAGGUGUUCCAGAACUAGUUCUAAAAGACCAGAAGGACAUUGCUUUAGAAAUCACAGUGACGAACAGCCCUUCCAAUCCAAGAAACCCCACAAAAGACGGCGAUGACGCUCAUGAAGCGAAACUCAUUGCAACUUUUCCGGACACUCUGACUUACUCGGCAUACAGAGAACUGAGGGCUUUCCCUGAGAAGCAGCUGAGUUGUGUUGCCAAUCAGAACGGCUCACAAGCGGACUGUGAGCUUGGAAAUCCUUUUAAAAGAAAUUCAAGUGUUACUUUUUACUUAAUCUUAAGUACGACGGAGGUCACCUUUGACACCACGGAUCUGGAUAUUAAUCUGAAGCUGGAAACAACAAGCAAUCAAGAUAAUUUGGCUUCAAUUACAGCUACAGCAAAAGUGGUUAUUGAACUGCUUUUAUCGGUCUCUGGAGUUGCUAAACCUUCCCAGGUGUACUUUGGAGGAAGAGUUGUCGGUGAGCAAGCUAUGAAAUCUGAAGAGGAGGUGGGAAGUUUAAUAGAGUAUGAAUUCAGGGUAAUUAACUUGGGUAAACCUCUUAAAAACCUCGGCACAGCAACCUUGAAUAUCCAGUGGCCAAAAGAAAUUAGCAAUGGCAAAUGGUUGCUUUAUUUGGUGAAAGUAGAAUCCAAAGGACUGGAAAAGAUAGCUUGUGAGCCGCAACAUGAAAUAAACUUCCUGAAACUAAAGGAGUCUCACAACUCGAGAAGGAAACGGGAAAUUGCUGAAAAACAGACAGAUGAUAGCAGAAAAUUUUCUUUAUUUGCUGAAAGAAAAUAUCAGACCCUUAACUGCAGCACGAACGUGAACUGCGUGAACAUAAGCUGUCCCCUGCGAGGGCUGGACAGCAAGGCCUCUGUUGUCCUCCGCUCGAGGUUAUGGAACGGCACGUUUCUAGAGGAAUAUUCCAAAAUGAACUACCUGGACAUUCUCGUGCGGGCUUCCAUUGACGUAGCCGAUGCCGCUGAGAAUAUCAAGCUGCCACACGCGGGCACUCAGGUUCGUGUGACUGUGUUUCCCUCAAAGACUGUAGCUCAAUAUUCAGGAGUACCUUGGUGGAUCAUCCUAGUGGCUAUACUUGCUGGGAUUUUGAUGCUUGCCCUCUUAGUGUUUUUACUAUGGAAGUGCGGAUUCUUUAAGCGCUCUAGGUACGAUGAUAGCGUUCCCCGAUACCAUGCUGUGAGGAUCCGGAAGGAAGAGCGGGAGAUCAAAGAUGAAAAAUAUAAUGAUAACCUGGAAAAAAAACAGUGGAUCACAAGGUGGAAUGAAAAUGAGAGCUACUCCUAAAGGGGACCAAAAAAACUUCACAGUUCCCAACCUGCUUCUUCUCCCUCCCAACUCAGAAAUCUAAAUGGACUUAAAAAAGCUGCUCCAUCCCUGGAAUGUUCACUUCAGACAGGCCACACAGGGCGAACAGAACAGUUUUAACUGUGGACGUGGUCAUGUAGCCUGAGGCUCCGGUUCUGCACAGCCAAAUCUAAGACUGUUGGAAUGGAUUUUUCUUUCACUGCCUUAAUUUAACUUUCCGGGUUGCCUUUGUUUUUGGUGUGGCUGACUUACACGUGCUGGGAAAGGGCCCGCCGGGUUGCACUCCCGCGACAUCCUCAAGCGGGCGCCUGGUGUCCGCGCUAACAGUGGCCGCCCUAAUCUGGCACCGCCUCUGCUCACAUUGUUCCCACAGGCCUCGACAACCUGCAACUUAACUGUCCCGCAUCACAAGACUGUGCCAUUGGGGGAGUUGUGUUUCAACUGAAAGUGCUAUUCUUAAAUGUGCAAUAGGUGACGUUGCCAUCCUGCCAUCUUUAACCUUUCCUAGAUGUGUGAAUAUUCACUAAAUAACAUACAGGUUUCAUGCUUCGUCUUCACUAAAACACAGGUGCAACAGACUUGAAUGCUAGUUAUAUGUACUUGUCUAUGGUAUUUAUUUUUUCUUUUUUAUAAACCAUUUUGUCAUUGACAGGCCAAAGAUUCUCUUGCAGUUGGAUUAGACCAUCAGAAUUAGAACAUGAGAUGUCAUUGGUUUGAAUUUAGUGCAAAAAAAGAAAUUAGAAGUUAUGAUAUCUCCCAACUCUCACCCCCUUUCCUCCAGACCCAGAAUAUGUUUAAUAGGAUUGAACCAUAAGAUGUUUAAUCCUUAUUAGACAGUGGACAUUUCAGAAUUUAGAGCCCUGUGUGAUGUCAUGCAUUUUGUGCUGUAACUUUCAGGAACUCUUAGAAAUAAUGGAUUUGUUUGCUGAAUUUCAGUGCAGUUUAGUCCUUGCUGCAAAUACUGUAUAAUCAGGACUUAGAGAUGGUGGGUGCCUCUGGUGGAUCCAAACCGAUCCAGUGUGAGACUACUGAGUAUCUGAUCCCACUGCUUGUAAGUUUUUAAAUGUUGGAAUCAUUUAAUCAGUGAGUCAGUGUUCUGUUUUUAACUUUGUUUCCUCUCCUAAUCAGUGUUCCCCAAAAUUACUUGGGGACUGCACUAACCACAAUUUUAAAUGGCUAAAUUGUAAAAAUGAGGUGGCAGAGGAGGAAAACAUUUUUAUACAUUCAACAGAGACUGAAUGCAUAGGAAAGCUGAAUUUUAAAAAGUUACUAUACUUCAAAAUGUUAAGCUAUAUGGGGAAUAAUAGCAAACAGGUGCUAAUUUGUUUGGCUAUAGUAUAAGCAGUGUCUCAAUCAAAAGAACAAAAUACAGCUAUAUGUGCCAUUUUUGCUUUGGAGCUUUUUUUUCUUUUCAGAAAUCUUAUACCCUUAAGAUACUCUUGUCGUAUUUUGGAAUUUUCAUUCACAAAGACAGUUUUACAAAUGACAUUUUGUUUACAAAUAUUUCUCUAAAAUCGGUCAUACCAGUGUUAGAAAUCUGUUUCUUGUGUAGGUAACUUGUAACCUAAUGAACUAUCUUUCUAGGUUGCUAAGAAGCUGGUACUUUGAGUGUUAUAGACCUUUGCUCUAAAAAACUGAAUGUCCUAAAAGGCAGGGACGAGGUGGAAGGAUGGCUCAACAACAAUGAAACAAGAAUGUAGUGGUGUUUAUUGUUAAAAAUGUCAUCUUAAGUCAAGUCACUGGUCUGUUUGCAUUUGAUACAUUUUAAUACUAACUAGCACUGUAAAAUUCAUGAUUAGAAAAUACCUGUGGAUAUUUGUAUAAAAGUGUGAAAUAAAUUUUUUAUGAAAGUGUUCAUUGCUUAGUAACACCACAUUAUAUGUGUGAAACAAACUCUAAAAUGAUGAUAAAUAACCUGAAUUGCUUUUGUGUUUCAUGAAGCCAAACUAAAGUUUAUUUUAUAUGAUU